ACGUUCAUAAAUGUCAGGUAAAAUGUAAUGUAUUAAAUUUAUUAUUAUUUAAACAUAAAAAUGAUCAAAUAUUAAUCAUUCCAUACUCCAUUUAUAAUAUCUAACUUCUAUUAUCAUUAUCUAUACAUAAAUACAUUUACAACGAGUACUGUAACCAGCAAGUGUUCUUCUUUAAAACAAUUGCUUGAGAAAGAAUAACCGUCGAUAGAAUUUCAAACUAUGGAAGGAAGUAGGGAAUCAUUUUCAUUGUAUUUAUCUAUUUAAUAAGAAUGAUUCGCAGUUAACGAUUUAUUCAGAGGAAAGAUAACGAAAGUAACAAUGAAGUUCUCGUUAUCUACACGUGUGAUGAAACAAAAAACAGAUUCGAAGAUAUUACUUAACGGAAUAUUCUUGAUGAAUUCAUCGAUAAGAUUAGAUGGCUCCCUGUGUUUAUCAUUCCGAUUUAUUCCCAAAUCAAAAAUUUAUGUUAUUUUCGAUAAUCCAGUGAGCAGCCGUCAAAAAUAGAAAUAAGAGAAUCGAGCCAUUGAAAUGUCUGCUGUGGUAUUUUGGUUUAUUCUUCUAAUGCUGAUUUUCGAAACACGUGGUAAACCUUUCGAAUCCUCAAGCGAACCAAAGGUAUCAAUUUCGCAAGUCAAGGCAGCUCCGAUAUGCAAAAACACGACUUAUUGCGAAAUUACCCCGCAUUAUCCAACAGAGGUAGUGUUCAAUGCACUGCAGGAGAAUCCUCACCUACGUAAUUAUGAAAACAUCGAUGAGAUGGACGUACAUGAACAAGAUGAAGACAUACCCGAAGAGGAACCACUUUGUGUAUCAACGGAGCAAGUAGUGUUUCCAAAAUCUGCUGAAACUAAAAGUUCUGAAUGGCAAUACAUUGUGAAUCAGGAGGAUUUCAGGCAGAGUGUACGCAUUGAAAAAUGCCGGGAAGAAGGCCAACAAUGUAGAGUGAUCGACGAUUUCGCUGAGGGCUACUACACAAAAUGCAAACAAAAAUACAUAUAUCGUCAACUAUUGGCUGUUUCAGCGAACGGUUCGAUAUAUCACGAAUCGUUCCGAUUUCCAGCUAGCUGUUGCUGUCAUAUCGAAUUCAGAGCCGAUAUAUUUUUGAAAUCGUUUAAACACAAAGUUUGACGAUAUAAAAUAUACUAAGCGUACAAAUUAAUUAUGUAAUUUUUCUAUUUUUUAAUUGCACAUUUACUUUCAUAAAGUUAUGCUAACUCCAGUUUUUAAAGUAAUUUUUAUUGUUAUUGUAUUCUGGCGCCAGUUUUCAAAUACACUGAAGCGCGGAAAAAUAUUCAAAUUUCAAUGUUGAAGGUACCGAAUUAAUUUGUACACCUAAUAGAAAUGUAGUACUGGUUAUGUAUAAUACAUAGUAGUUUUCUUAAAAUGAAAAUAACGUGAUUUAAAUAAACGAGUUACUUAUUGCCCGA